AUGGCGAUCUUUUUUGUCGGUUGGAUUUUCUUCUCUCUCUACUCACCGCACGGCCUCGACUGCCACCAUUCACUCCUUUGUUAUUUUUUUUCGCCAACAGCUAGAACGGCACACCUUUUAUCGCGCAGAGCGCUGGAAACACUCAUUUAUCCAAGCUCGAAGCUUUGUUACCGGGAAGGAAAGAAGAAAGAAAGCAAGAAUCUAGCCGCUCAUUUCCCUCUAUCCGACCAUUCAUCCUUCGUUUCUUCUGGUCGUUGUUUUUUUUUUCGAACGAACGCCUGCCUCCCUCCAAGACAGUCGCUUUCCAAGAUGCAGCUCAGCACCAAGACCAUCUUCGCCGUGGCCCUGCUGGCCACGCAGGCCAUCGCCAGGCCCGCCCACGGCCACCGAGUCCGCAGGCACGCCAAGGGCCGCUUUGUCAAGUGCACGCGCCCCUCUCCCACGCCGGAGCCCGUCGCUGUCGUCGAGCCCGUGCCGACCUCUUCUCCGCCGGCUCCCUCGGCGCCGCCGGCCUCUGCCGUCGAGGCCGUCGUCGUGAAGCCCACUCCGACUCCGACUCCGACCCCGACGCCCGCCCCGACUCCAGAGACGAAGCCCGAGCCUCAGGUCGAGGCCAAGGUCGUCACCCCGACCCCGUCCCCAUCCCCGACGCCCACGGUGCAGAUUCUGCAGCAGCACGUACCGUCGCCCAAGCCUGAGACCAAGCAGCCCCAGCAGCAGCAGCAGCAAGAUGACUACUCCAGCAGCAGCAGCAGCAGCGGGCUUAGCCAGGAUUUCCAGGCCGGUCUGAGCAGCCACAACGCGGCGCGCGCCGCCGUCGGCCUGCCGCCGCUCAAGUACAACCAGGCGCUCGCGACCGAGGCCGCCGGCUACGCUCAGCAGCUCGUCGGCAUCGGCUCGCUGCAGCACGCCGAGAACCGCAACGGCCACGGCGAGAACCUGUACUGGCAGUCCAACAGCGUCACCCCUUGCACCAACGCCGCCAACGCCUGGGCCAACGAGAAGGACUUGUACGGCGGACAGCCCGUCGGCCAGGGCAACUUUGGCGCGUACGGUCACUACACUCAAAUGAUCUGGAAGACCACCACUGAAGUCGGUUUCGGCACGGCCACUGACGGCAACGGCGGCAUCUAUGUUGUCGCCCGUUACAACCCCGCCGGCAACAUGUUGGGCCAGACGCCCACUUCGGCCUAA